AUGCCCACUACGGCCGCGGCGUUUCUCAUCGCCAACUCGGUGGUGGCCUUCCUCACGGCGGCGGUGGUUGGGCUGCGCGUCGUCUCUCGCGUGCUGGCAGGUUCCAAACUCGGGUGGGAUGACUACUUUACGCUGCUGGCGCUGCCGCAGGCAAUCGUCGUGCUGGUGAUACAGGGAAUAUGGUCGACAGCAGGGCUGGGCUACCAUUUGUCGGAGGUGUCGGACAACUGGCUCUACAUGGAUUCCCUCUUCCUCCCCUUCGAGACCCUCUUCGCGACGGCCAGCCUGACGACGAAGCUGAGCGUGCUCUUCUUCUACCUCCGCGUCUUCACGAGCCGGCCGAUGCGCGUGGCGACGAAGCUGACGCUCGUCGUAGUCUUGCUCUGGGGCAUCGCCAACAUCCUGGAGACGCUGCUCAUCUGCCACAUCAGGGACGGCGCGUGGCACGCGACGAGCCCGGACAUCUGUCGCGACCACGAGGCCGCGAUUCUCUCGACGGGGCUUUUCAACUGCGUCGUCAACAGCUUCAUCAUGCUGGUGCCCCUAUACACGAUCUGGAGCCUGCGCAAGGUUAGCGUCUCGACGCGGUUGGGGCUCAGCAGCGUCUUCCUGUUGAAUCUGAUCGCCAUCAUCGUGUCGAUCGUGCGGCUCUCCAUCAUGGUGAACGUCCGCACCCUCGACCAGGUCGUGGAGAACCUUGCCAUAACGACCUUCCUGACGGUCCUCGAGACGCACCUGACGAUCCUCUGCAACAGCCUGCCGAUGCUGCUCCCGCUCUGGGCCUUCUGGAAGCACCGCCGCUUCGAGACGGACGAGUACGUGUCGCGGCUCGGCGGCGACAGCGGCCAGUCGAGCCGGCGGCACAAGCGGCUGGUGGAGGACCUGACCAACGGGAUCCCGCUCGAGACCAUGUACGGCGAGAAGAUCGCGUCCUUCACGACGACGGUCGGGCGGGGCGAGUCACGGAGGAGGAGGAGGCGGCCGGGGACGGACGACGACGGCGGGGACGACGGGUCGGAUACGGGUUCGACGGCGGGGCUGCCGGGGAACGCGGAGGGCAUCAGGAUCGAGACGAAGUGGACGAUUUCGGAAGAGACGACGAAGUAA